CAUUUUACGGAAUAUCCUCCCAAAUAAUUUUGACAUGGCAUUGACACCGGGAGCAAAGAUUGAGGACAGUGAUAUCGCGUUCAUUGCACAACUCGAGCAAAGCAUCGAGGAACAUGAGUAUAGCCGAUCUUCGGAGGACAUACAAGCCUACCUGAGCGUGAGUCAGUCGUUAGAGGGACUUUUAAGGAAUGAGAAGGCGGUCGAACAUUUGAAGGAUUUUGUCGUGGAUGAGCGAUGCGAGGAGAAUAUUCUUUUCCUUUUGGAUGUUAAUUAUUUCAAAAUGAUCUACAACGACAGUAAUUACAGCGUGAGUCAAAAACUAUUGAAGGUCAACAAGAUUGUACAGCAAUAUCUAAUUCCUGGAGAAUCGUAUGCGCAGUUGUACAUUCCACGCUCUGUUAUUGACCACUUCCACGCAACAUAUAAGAAAUCAGAGGAGCUUCCUCCUAUCACUUUGUUCGAUGAAGUGGAGAAGGUUGUGAUCGAAACGGUUCGCAAAACGAGUUAUCAAAAGUUCAUUCGCUCAGCAAAUAUUCGCCGAUUGCUCGCCAUGACAGUCCAAGACAUAAAGGUAAUGCCAGAAAAUGUAAUCGAAUUAUAA